AUGGUUCAACCACAACACAGUUUGCUUUCCGAAGCAAUGAACAAGACAACAACAUCAAACGACCAAGAUCAUGAAAAUAAUAACAAAAUUCAAACAACAACAACCAAUCAUGAAGAUACAGGGUCUGACCAUAGCGGAGCACAGGUAGCAGAUCAUAGUGCACCUUCGGAAAUAUUAUCCACCAAUGCUGACCGUUGUGUCGCAUCCACAACAGUCGUUGAUGAAAAUAAUCAGCCUCUUAGCAGAAAAAAAGCAUUUACAAAACGUUUUCACCAAGACAGAAGGCCCUCCAUUAAAUCUCCUAAUAUUGCUAAAGACGAAAAAGAUGUUGGUUCAAUGUUAAUAUCACCUCUAACCUCUCAUACCUUUCCGUAUUUAUUUUCAGCUCCAGAAUCUUUUGUGAGUGAGCAUGUACAGGCAAUAGGCACUGAGGAUUUCAAACGUAGAACCGAAGAUGAAAAUGUUUCGAGUGAUGACAAUGAAACAACAUCGGAUGUGGACAAGCGAGAUUCUAUUGAAUUUCAAAAAGAUGAAAAUGAACAACUACAGAAUCAAGUAGAAACACCUCUCACUGAGGUUUCUGAAAAGACUGAGGAGAUUAAUAGAAAGCUUUAUUGUCAGAAGUCUCCUCGCCAAAAUCUGAAGCGGGAGGAAGAUAAAGGUGAAGAAGCGUUUUGGAUUGAUUGUCAACAGUGCUCUCCUGAAGAAGUCAAUGAACUGCAAAAGUAUUUUAGAUUCCAUCCGUUGACUGCAGAGGAUUGUAUUAACAAUGAUUCAGGAGAAAAAUGGGAAGUGUUUGACAACUACUUGUUCUUUUCAAUUACUGGACAAAUUGCAGAUAAGGCAGCCAUGAACGAAUAUUUACCAUGCUAUUUGAACAUUUUAAUUUUUGACAAUUGUGUUGUGACUAUUCAUGAUAAGCCAAUUGAAGGAAUGAAUUUGUUAAUGAACAGAAUUGAAAAGGAAUUUGAAUUUGAUCGAAAGUAUAAUCAAAAAAUUCGUGCCAAGCAAAGUUUCAGAGAACAACAGGAAGUCAUUGAAGAAAUUCAUUCAACACUUGAAAAUACAGAGAAAAAACAGGCCCAACCUUUGUCAAUGGCUGGGACCAGUGAAAGCACACCAUUGCGAUUGAAAAAAGGAAGAGCAAAAAAAAGUACUUAUAUUAUUUCUCCUUCGUGGGUAUUUUAUGCGUAUUUAGAUGCCAUCAUUGAUGUCUAUAUCCCAAAGGUUGACAACUUGAUUCGUGAAUGUGACACACUAGAUGAGUUUACUGUUUCUCUGAAUACUUCAGAAAAGGAAGAUUUAUUGUGGAGAAUUGCUCUCAACAAGAGAAGAACAGCUGAAUUGAGAAAGCUGCUACUUCCAAAACAAAAGAUGAUAACAUACUUAGUUUCGUCAAGAGUGGAAAUCCCAUUCAUGGAUCGAGAUGUUCAAUUAUUUUUGAGAGACGUAUUAGAUCACUUGAUGUAUUGCUGUGACAGACUUGAAAUAGCAAGAGAUUCCCUUAACCAAUCCCACACCAACUAUCUUACACGAGUUCAAAUUGAAAUAGCCCAAAACUCACAGAAAACAGAUGCUUUCAUGAACAGAAUUACUGUAUUCGCUUCAAUAUUCGGUCCGCUUUCUGUACUUUCAGGAAUUUGGGGAAUGAACGUAAAGGUACCAGGUCAAGGCGAAGAUAAUUUGUAUUGGUUUUUCGGUUUGUGUUCAUUCAUGGCGAUUAUUGUCAUCACAAUGAUCAUUCUACUCAGAAAGCAGCUUGUGAAUAUGUGA